UGAUAUAUUUUUUAAAUCGAUGUCAAGGUAGGUUACCACGUAUAUACAUACAAAUAUAUACGUGGUAACCAGCCUUGACAUCGUCAUUGUAUUUAUAACCUUGGGGUUUUUCCAAUUAUUAUACCUCAUGGGCAAUUUCCGAUUACUUAGAACUAUUUGGUAUCAUACGUAGGACUGACUGAAACUAAUUAGAUUCCCUCAAUACGUGUAAAGGUUUAAAUUAAGCCUAUAUAAUUACACGGCCACCAUUUAGAGCAAAGACGUCAUCAGAUUCGACUGUGGACCAGGAGUUGCAGCGUAGCAGUGAACCGGAAAUGUGUUUUGAGACGUCAGGACAACAAGCUCAUAUGUACCUCAAAGAAACGACAAGCAUGAUGGAUGCUAAUGAUAGAGACCAAGAUGGACGAAAUCCAAAUAACAAUAUUGAAUCUGAGGAGAUAGAUCAGUUGUGUCCACGACGACAGAUGUCGCUCCAUAUGUUGCCUGGCCUGUUACCUCAGAUGUGGCCUCGUCUUUUGUCUAGCUGCUUUGGACAGUUUCAACAUUUCUUUGUUGCAGCUACGUCGAUGACUGAAGUACUACAAACCGAUUGCUAACAGUUUAAACAAUGUCAGCAGCAGAGAAGGUGUCAACCUUAGGAAUAGAUUUAGGAACUACUUACUGCUGCGUAGGGGUCCUUCGAGGGGAUGAGGUCGAGUUGAUUCCCAAUGAUCAGGGAAAUAUCAAUACGCCAAAUUAUGUGACUUUCACUGAUACAGGAUGUCUUGUUGGAGACUCAGCUAAAAGCCAGGCCACAAGGAAUCCAUCUAACACAGUAUUUGACAUCAUGAGACUUAUUGGUAACAAGAUCGAUAAGUAUUAUACUCAAAAGUAUCACCUGCCUUACACGGUCAUUGAAAACGAGGGUCGUCUUAAACUUGCUGUCAACUACAGAGGUGAACUACAUUUAUUGUCUCCGGAAACAAUCGUUGCAAUGGUUCUCAAGAAUUUGAAAAAGACAGCUGAGCAUUAUAUUGGCCAUAGAGUGACUCAAGCUGUCAUUUCAGUUCCAGCCAAUUUCAACUACUGCCAACGACAAGCCGUGAAAGAAGCUGGGCAUAUCAUUGGUCUGAAUGUCCUUAAACUUAUCAACGGUCCCACAGCUGCUGCCUUGACUUACGGACUUCGCCAUAAAUCGAAAACGUUGCAAAAUGUGCUUAUCUUUGAUCUAGGGGGUGGUACCGCGAAUGUUAGUAUUGUCUCAAUUUCUAGCAGUUCUACUUUUGAAGUGUUAGCGACAGCUGGUGAUGCACACUUAGGUGGGGAAGACUUUGACAACAGACUAAUCAGCCACUUCGCCAAAGAAUUUCAAGAAAAAUUCAACAAAAGUAUCACAGAGAAUAAAAGGGCAUUAAAUCGCCUAAGAGCAGCUUGCGAACAGGUCAAGAAAAAUCUUUCCGCCUACGAAACAGCUCGAAUAGAAAUCGAUGCUUUAUUAGAUGGAAUCGAUUUUUCUAGUCAGAUCACCAGAACACAAUUUGACGGUCUUUGUUACGAUUUGUUCACCCAUACUCGAUUCCUUUUUGAAAGAACUCUGCAUGACGCUAAUCUAGAAAUAGAUGAAAUACAGGAAGUUGUUCUAGUCGGUGGGUCAAGUCGUAUUCCUUUCAUUCAAGAGAUGAUUAGUGUCAUCUUUUCUGGCAAAACGCUCAACAAAUCUAUCAAUCCUGAAGAAGCUGUUGCUUGCGGCGCUGCUUUACAGGGCGCUGUUCUCAACAAAGACAAAAACGCCAUUGUUAAAGACGUACUCCUCAUGGAUGUAGCGCCCUUCUCUCUCGGUGUGAUGUCCAAAUGUGGAGAGAUGGACUUUUUUUUAAAAAGAGGGGAGCCUAUUCCGACCAGAAUAUCUCGAGUUUUCACAACGUUUUCGGAUAACCUCCCUUCUAUGACUGUAAAACUCUACGAAGGGGAAUGCUCCCAUGUGAAAGAUAACACAUUUAUAGGUUCUUUUUACAUCACGAAAAUUCCUCCAGCCAAGAAGGGUGUGCCGCAAAUACAAGUUAUCUUUGACAUUGAUGCUAAUUGCAGUCUAAAAGUGGAGUUUCAGGACCAGGGCUCUGGCAAGAUGUUUACCAUUCACAUUGAUAGCAACAAAGAAAGACCAAAGAUACAGGAUAUAGAAGAAAUGCUGAGAGAUGCUAGGCCAUACAAAGACAAAGCAAAGAAACAAAAGCGAAAACCAAUGCCCAGAGAAGAUGAUCCAUGCAAAGACAGAGAAGAGAAAGAAGUGCCCAAACCAAUGCCCAGAGAAGAUGUUCCAUGCAAAGACAGAAAAAAGAAAGAAGACUCCAAACCAAUGCCCAGAGAAGAUGAUCCAUGCAAAGACAGAGAAAAGAAAGAAGACUCCAAACCAAUGCCCAGAGAAGAUGAUCCAUGCAAAGAUAGAGAAAAGAAAGAAGACUCCAAUCCAAUGCCCAGAGAAGAUGAUCCACGCAAAGAUAGAGAAAAGAAAGAAGACUCCAAUCCAAUGCCCAGAGAAGAUGAUCCAUGCAAAGAUGAACUACAGCAACAGGAUUUAGAACAAAGACUGAAACAUGCUGAGCAAUCAAAGGAAGAAAACAGACAAUAUCAAGAAAAAUUGUCGGCCAAAAUUCAACUGGAAAAUUACGUACACUCCAUUAAAGAGAAGGCCGAGUCCCUGUUAAAUACUUGCCACAGCACCUUAGAAUGGUUGGACAGCAGUUCUUCAUUACACGAGAAAGACGUGUAUGCAGCCAAGAUAAAACAGUUACAGCAAUCCGCGUUUCUCAUGAGUGGUCCGUACUGUCAAGAACAGUGUGAUUAUUAAACAAAGUGCAAGAUUUUGCAUGACAAUAAAUGAGCAGAAUACCCUUGGACAUUCGAGAUAUUAGCAGGACAUCUCCACGCACAUGGAUGGCUGCCUGGUCGUGCGGUUGGCGCGCUGGACUGUCGUUCGGACUUAUCGAUGGUCCCUGGUUCAAACCCUGCCCGCUCCAGUCCCGAGACGUCCUGCGGGAGGUUCGGACUAGGAAGUAAAUUAUCUUCAAAUCUGAAGUAACAUCAGAAACAUGGAAAACAAACAUUUACACAAAAUCUCAUGCACGCUCUAGUGAUUAAAAAAGAGAUCGUCAAUUUAAUUGGAAUUUUGAAGUAUUGAAAGAAAAAUAUUGAGAGUGACUUAAAUCUGGAAAACGUUACCGUAGGGCCUGACGAAUAUCCAGUGGGAAAAAGUAUUUUAAAAAAUUAUUGAAAUAUUUAUUAUAAUGGUUAGAAUGUUUGGAUCCAGAAUGCUAGCGUGGCAUGUUGACAUUGUGACAAGCCAGAUUUCUGAUUGUUACAGGAUGGGUGAAAUGGAUACGCCCAAACAAUAUUAAGCCUCGUUUUCAUCUAUGAGAAACUGGCAGUGUACAGAGUGGGGGUGGGGGGGGGUAUGUUGUGACAAGUCUUCCAUCCCUUGACGGUCAGUUUUGUAUUUUCUGAACGUUUAAAGUCAUUCACAAGCUGGUCAUUUAUUUCAUGAGUGUGUUAGCUUGUUACAAAGCUUAUUAUGGGUUCCAUCGUAAAGUACCUUAACCAGCAUAUGUUUGAAUCUUGACCGCAAGUAACUAGACACAGGUUUGUAAGUCUCAAGCGGUCGAACUCUUUAUCACCCUUGAGUAGUGGCAUAUAGACAUUUGUCACAGACAUAACAUUUCAUGUUGAGUAUUAUUAGGUUUAUCUUCCACUCCGUACACUGGCGAACAACGUAAAAAUACUCUAUAAUCUAUUUUGCACAAUUUUAAUAACAAGUUUAUGCAUUUAACAUUAGGAAUAAAAAAAUAUUAAUUAAACAGACAUCAAUUAGGUUGUGUACUGUGUAAAAUCCUGUUUUUUACUUUGCUGUAAGACAAAUAAAAAAUUAAUGGGCUAAUUAUUUUUGACAUUUUGAAGUUAAUUCGUCAACUUUUUGUAACAAGCAAAAUAAAAAAAAAUCCUUUUUAAAAAACUAAGCUUAUUUAAGGAGAAGAACUUCACACUUACAACUGUAGGCCUAUAUCUCAAUAAUGUAAACUUUUUUCCCCUUAUAUCAAACAAAAUAAUUAAUUAGUACUAAUUGAUUAACGAAUUGGUCAAUUUUUUUAAUUAAUUUUUUUUAUUGGUACAAGUUUCAACUUGAUCGAAGAAUAGUUUUGAGAGAAAUAACGUGUUCAAUUACCUACGGGUAGAAAACCCUAAAUAUUUAGCCUUGUCUGUGAAUACUGAAGGAUUAAUUAAGACCUACUUGUUUAAAACUUUUUUAGAUUAACUGUUAUUCUAGCAAUUGUGUUUAUGUUUGUAAUGUUGUUACAGCGCCUUGAGCCUACAUUUUGUUUGUUAACAGCGCUUUAUAAAUAAAAUUAUUAUUAUUAUUAUUAUUAUUAAUUUCCAUUGUUAGUAUCAAACAAAAUAACUAAUUACCAACAAUUAAUUGAUAAUUUUUUUUUUUAUUCUUAUCUUGUCUAUGCCAAUGAAUAAUCGUGCAAAUUUUCAAAUUGACCAGAGAAUGGGCACGAGUGAAAUAACGUGUACAAAGUUUUUACCAGACAGGCAGGCUGACAGACAGACAGAGUGAGUUGAUGUAAGCUUUGUAAAAUUUGUUUACCAUUACUUUGGGUUUACUUGCAAAGUGAUUUUUUCCCCAUUAUGUUUUUAUUUUUGAAUUUCUUCUGUUUAAAUUGUAAAAAUUCGAGAUAUAGUCUACAUUAAUGACAUCCUUUUUACAUCCAUUGUUUUCCAUUUAAUAGUAUCAGUAUUAGCGCCAGUAUUAGCGAUUUAUGUAGAUACUAGAUGCUUGUACCAGAGAUUGUUCUUUAUGAAUGCAUUGUAUGUAAAAUAUUACAUGUAUAUUUUUUUUUCCAUUUAAAAGCAAUAACUCAUGGAUGAUACAGAUGUAAAAUAAUAAUACAUGCAUUUUAAUUCUUAUCUUAUCUUAUAUAAUACAGGUUCUUAGGUUACUUAUUAUAUAUUUAAAUAAGAAACGAUGUAACUUUGCCUUAGAAAUGUAUUUAUAAUGAAUUACAUUCUUCAAUAAAAGAAAAUUAUUAAAAAAAAUCAAUUCGUCUUAACUCUAGCAUUAACAGUGUUAAUUUAAAAUCUUGGUUUUUAACAAGCCCAGGUAGGCUACCCUGCCUCAACGCAAUACUCGGUCGGAAGCAAUCGCUAGAGAAAAAAGAUGAAAAAAAACAACAACAAAAAAACCCCCAAGGUUACUAAGACUGUUUGUGUGGAAACGCAAACUCAAAAUCGGCCCUCGAAGUGAUCCACCCAGGCAGGUAAAAAGGCAGGUUUCAAUAUUUUCAGAAAGAAUAUCAGAAUCAGCAGACCAAGGGAUAGGUGAAAGUGAAGGUGAAGUUAGAUGCGAACCUGGCCUAACUGAUGCCAUAUAAUAAUUAUCUAAUUGAUUUAAUUGUUUUGUAAAAGGUCAAUCUCUUAUUCAAAGCUUCAAGAAAAAAAGUAUUUAAGAGUUUUAUGUACAUUGCGUCAUGCUG